AUGCGUCUUCUCCCCCUCGUCACCCUUGCCGCUUAUCUAGUGGUCGCUUCCGCCGCGGUCAGCCCGCUGGCUGGCCGCGCCAUGUCCGUGCACGAGACCGUGAAGGCGGUCCCCAACGGAUUCGCCCACGCGGGAUCCGUGCCCGCUUCUCAGACUGUUACGCUCCGCAUUGCGCUCGCGCAUACCGAUACUGCUGGGCUGGAGAAGGCCACGUACGACGUCUCCAACCCCGCCAGCGCGAACUAUGGCAAGCACCUCACACCCGAAAAGAUCGCGGAAUACGUCAAGCCAACGGCAGAGACGCUCUCCUCCGUCAAGGGUUGGCUCGACUCGCACGGCAUUGCCUCCAAGUCCGUCUCUCUCGCUGGCGACGUCCUCCAAUUCACCGUCCCCGUCAAGACCGCCAACACCCUGCUCGCUGCCGACUUCGUCCAGUUCACCCAUGUCGCGAGUGGAAGGAAGAGCGUGCGGACCAUGAAAUACUCGGUCCCGACGGAACUGCAGACGCAGAUCAAAUUCAUCCAUCCGACUGUCGCGUUCGUGCCCCCGCUCAGACGCAUGCCGGGCGUCGCCGCCGUCAACUAUGUCCCCGAGAGCAAGCGCGAAGAAUUGGUCCAGCUGCAGGGACGCGAAGUGCCCGCUAGCUGCGAGAGUAUUAUGAACCCGACUUGUAUCCAGGAGCUCUACGGGAUACCGACGACUAAAGCGAAUAACAGCGCCGCAGGAAACGUCAUCGGCGUUCCAGGGUAUAUUGAUCAAUAUGCUAACGAGGCGGACUUGGCCUUCUUCCUCGAGAGAGACAGCCCUGCAUUCGUCGGAACGACAUUUACCACCAGCCUUAUUUAUGGGGGGAAGAACCCACAGGACGAAGGGAGUUCAGGUAUAGAGGCCGCCCUGGACCUCGAUUACACGGUUGGCAUUGCUGGCAGUGUUCCUGUCACCUUUAUCUCUGUAGGCGAGGAGGUCCAGGACGAUGUUGCCGGCUUCAUUGACAUCACCAAUUACAUCCUCUCCCUGCCUCAGGAGACACGGCCCACGGUUUUGACCACUAGUUACGGGUUCAAUGAGCCGGAGCUGACCGUCGAUAUCAACAUCGCGAUGUGUAAUGCGUAUAUGCAACUGGGUGCCGCCGGCAUAUCGGUGUUGUUUGCAUCCGGCGACGGCGGAGUCGGCGGUAUCCAGCCCUCCGAGUGCACCGAAUUCUGGCCCAGUGCGCCCGGCGGAUGCCCAUUCGUCACGUCCGUCGGCGGCACCGGCGGUCUCCCGCCCCAGCGGGCCUCGGAGAUCUCCGGCGGCGGGUUUUCGAAUCAUUUCGAGUGGGUGCCAGACUUUUUGUCCCGACCGCUCACUCAUCUGCUUGACUACAGAACGCCGGACUACCAGCGCGCGGAUGUCGAGGCAUACCUCGCCGGGCUCGGCGACCAAUACGCCGGGCUGUACAACCGGUCGGGCCGCGGGAUGCCGGAUAUCUCCGCGCAGGCCGAACGGCUCGAAAUCGGCUUCAUGGGCAGCCUCUGGCGCGUGUGGGGCACGUCGGGCUCCGCGCCCAUCGUCGCGUCCAUUAUCGCGCUGGUGAACGACCGCCUGAUCGCAGCGGGGAAGCCCGUGCUUGGCUUCCUGAAUCCCUUCCUCUACAGCCCGGCAGGGCGGGCGGCGCUCACGGAUGUGACGACUGGCAAUAACCCCGGGUGUGGGACGGACGGGUUCACGGCCAAGGAGGGCUGGGAUCCGGUAACGGGUCUCGGCACACCCAAUUUUGACCGGCUGCUUGCUGCGGCUCUUGGUGUUUCGAGUCAAUGA